ACGCCGCGAUAUGCGUUGCAUGGUAUAUUGAAGCGAGACUCGAGCGAGUAUGCAGCGAGUUCGUGAGUGAUAACUUGAAAAGUUUCUAACAUUCAAACUGCAGAAAUGGCCUUAAUACCUUACUUUUUUGAUGAAAUGCGUCCACGUCGUCUGCGUGACCAGCUAUUUGGAAUGGAUUUAUCGCCGGAUGAUUUUUUGACUGAUAUUUUUGAUCGCCCGAUGAUCCGUAUGAGGCAAUACAUUCGUCCGUGGAGGAACAUCGCAGCGGCGGCGCGCGACGUUGGUUCCACCAUCAAGACCGACAAGGACAAAUUCCAAGUCAACUUGGACGUUCAGCAUUUCGCUCCAGAGGAAAUAUCGGUGAAAACAUCCGACGGAUUUAUCGUAAUUGAAGGCAAACAUGAAGAGAAGAAAGAUGAACAUGGUUACAUCACGCGACAAUUCAAGCGCCGGUACGCGUUACCUGAAGGGUGCAAUCCUGAGACCGUUGAGUCCAGGCUAUCAUCAGAUGGUGUUUUGAUUGUCACAGCGCCAAAGUCUUCUGAAAACAAAGAAGAGAGGGCUAUUCCUAUCACUCAAACUGGUCCUGUGCGCCGGAAACAGCGAGAGGAAGACGAAGUGAAUGGCGAGGUUGAAGAAGAAACUAAAUCUCCACAGAAGAAACGUAGGCGUUAAUAACUUAAAUUUUAAUGUCCCUAUUCCAAUAAGACUGAUUUUUUUUUCAUUGUAAUUUAAUUAAGUUUAAAUAAUAAACGAAUCAUUAAGGAUGU